AUGAAGCUAGACAGCAGCUCAACAUCGCCAUCUUUCCAAGGUAGGAGAUAUAUUCGUUAUAUCUUUUAUAUAUAUCAAAUAUUUGUAAUUUGUUGUCGUACUUGAACCAUUGAACGUACAAAUGGGUGAAUAUGAUAUGGCCGUAUAUUCGUAAGGUAAUGUCCAACACUGUGUUGAUAACAUACAGUUAUAAAAGUUCAUCCGGAUUUCAGUUCAUCGAGCUGUUUCUGUACCAGUCACACUAUCGAAUCAACUGGGGGUAAUAUGUUAAAGUGAACUGAAGAACAGUUGAGCCAAUGGUGCUGUCACAGGGUUAAUGAUUAAAUAGGGAUUUGAAUUUGUGCCGUCAUGUCGUUUACUGAAUACUCGUGUUGCAUCCAUGAUAAGGGCGUUCUGCGAGGCUAGUUUAAAUCGAGUGUGUUGGAUCCAUGAUAAGGGCGUUCUGCGAGGCUAGUUUAAAUCGAACUUGAAUCAAAUUUUGGUAGUAAUGCCAUUUUGUUGUCCCAUUUGAGGGCCUUUUUAGAGAGGAUAGACAGCAAAGGAAGCUAUAUUAAUACACAGCGUCCAUUGGCAUUGUGUUGAUCACUAGUUCCUCUCGCGGUACUGUAUUUUAUUGUAAUUAAGUUUGACUAAGAUUCUUACAAAAUCUACUGAGCGCAGACUAUAUAUGCAAAGUUUGUGAAAAUAGCGGUUAACUUUUGCAAAAGUUUAGCGUAAACAAAAUACUGUCAGUUUUGACAAGUAGCAGAUGGAAUGCAAUCUAUUUGUUCGGCCUAUAAUGAUAACAUCACUAAAAUAUUAAUGAUACGAAAUGAAUGCCAAAGAUAAAUUUCUACUUUUGAAUUUUGAUUUACAGUACAUAUCGGUGAAGUUAAUUUUAAAAGUUGUGCAUGAAGGUAUUUUAUUAAGCUUUAUCACAGACUUCUUCAAUUUCGAUAUAAAAAUGUGACAAGACAAUCAGUAAAUUAAUGCAAAAAUUUUGCAGGAAGUUAAUGCAAAAAUUAAAGUUGAUCCGAAAAUGCAAAUGUUAAUGUAUACAAAAAGCACUUUGAACGUUUCAAAGACGUUUGUGCCUUACCUUUGGAACACUUAGAUCCAAAGGUUAUUUUUUGUGAAAUUUCCCGAAUGUUGCAAUUAUAUGCCGGGAGAGUUUAAUACCGACAACACAAUGGAACACAAAAUCACUUUCGGUUUUCAGUAUAAAUUUUAGUCUCACAAUAUUGAACUUGGGGGGAAUCGGGGUUAUAUUUUACUGUCUCAGCCUAAUCGGUCCACGAAUUUUGUCACCGAUUCUAGUUUCAAGUAAACACCCAAAUGCCCCAGUCAGCAUCAGGAUAAAAUUGCGGUUGAAUCAUAUGUAGCAUAAGGUAAUUAUAUAAUCAUGCGGUAAAAUAUGCAUAUAUAUCAAAGACACAAUAAACUGAUAAGUCAAAGCCCACACGUUAAUUUCUAGAACUAACUUGUCUUCUGUGUAAAGCAAAAUAAAAAGGUGCGCACUUACACUGAUCAGUCUUGAAAUUUUUGGUAAUUUAAAACGAGUGACCAAUACUUCUUUGUCAGCAAAAACAUUUUUGUUGCAUCAGCUCAACUCUGACACGGAAUCAGCAAUGAAUGAUAGAAACUUGUCUCGUUCUCCUCAUUACUGAAAAUGAACAAUAUCAGGAGAGUGAAAUAUCGCUUCCCAUGCACGCCAUGCAUGUUCACUGAUUUUAUGUUAAUCUAUUUUAACAUAACAUAACAUAGUCUCGUAACAUCGCUCUCGUCUGAAAUUAAUUGCGUUGCAGCGAACAUUUCUUCAUAUAAAUAUAACAUAACAUGGAUAUAUAGGCCUAUACAGUAAUUGUUAAUGCUUAAAUCGUUCAUGUUUAGCCCUGUGUAUGUUUUAAGCUCGUAUUUAUAGCAUUCAUCCGGAUUUCCAAGGGAUACAUAGUUGCUCCGAAACUCCUCACGUGCACUUAAAUACGAAGUUCCUUGUCAAAAUUCUGAAAUCCCUAUAUAAAAUCCCAAAUUCCAAAACUUAUAAUGCAAUAAUACCUUAUAAUACCUUAUAAAUCUAUAAAAUAAAAAACCCCACAAAUGCGCUAAAUGCGAUUUUUUUAGUGAUUGUUGAUUGACAUCAAUUUCCUCAAAACGUGACCCAUGUAGACACACAUGACAAAUAAACUAGAAUUUCAAGUCAAUGGGAGGGGAUUAGCAUAUCACCUUGUAUUGGCUUGGUGUUCAGUUUCAACCGUCAGCCUGUAAAACAUAUAUAACAUACAGGUAAAACAGUAACAUACAGAGUGAUAGAAUUUUUUGGCACAGAGUUCGGAAUUUUAAAACCUUGCAUGCAUGUAGGCCCCCCAGCUAGGCAAGAAAAAACUAGGAAUUUGUUGGUAAUAGACAUAGGUAAUUAUAUAGCGAAAAUUGAACAUUGUCAUGCUAUUUUUAUAUAUAUCUAUAUCUAUAUAUAUAUAUUUGCAUGUUUUGAAAAGGUUGAAUAGAGCCCUUGAUCAAAUCAGGUUCCCUUGAGACGGUUAGACGCCGAUCCCAAUAAAUGUUUCAUAUCUUGAUUAAUAUUUAACAUUCAUAGUUAUGCAAACAUCUCAGCUUCGUUUGUGAAAUCUUAAUCAAUUCAAUUUGUAAUUGAAAGAACAUUUUAUAAUGUAAAUCUACUCCACAGAUUAGUCGAGCUAAAAAUGAUAUAUUUGAAAUUUUCAAUGUUUCCUGAUACAAUAGCUUUUUCAGCUUGUUUUUAUAUCCAAAAAAAUAAAUCAUUACGAAUUUAGUGUUAAGUAAUGUUUGUUCAUUUCUCUACAAAACAACAUUAAAUUUUAAUUUCAUUUAAUCCCAUGAGCUUUAUGUUAUCAGGUUAUUUGUUUUACUUUUACUCCAAUAAAAAAGUUAGCUGCUAGCUUUAUAAACGCUGAUGGAACGAUGGUGCAAUUUUUAAGGGGUUUAUAAGUACAGAUUUAAAGGGUUUAGAUAUGAUCAAACGAUCCUUAUCGUAAUUAAUAUUGGUUAUAUCAAUUAUGUCGGAUAGCCGAUAAGUAUUAGAGACCAAUGUCAGACCGAUAAUUUGGGAGACUAAAAGCAUGCAUUGCAUGCCAGAAUAACUCUCACAGAAAUUAAUGUGAGAGGAAGGGUGCCUUUAUCCAUCCUCUUGGAAAUUUCACGAGAUAUCAGAAACUGGCCUUAUUAUAUUAUUUAGCACUAAGCUAUUCCAAUUAGAUUAAAUUUCAGAUUAAUUAGGGUAUUUAGUAUUUACUUUACAUACGAAUACAGACAACAAUGAUUGGGCAUCAUAAUCACGUGGUUAGGGCAGUAUGACAAUAACACUAUAUAACAGAGAGAUGUUGUGGGCUUGUGGCCGCGUGUAUUGUGUUAUAUAUACGAUUGUGACAAGUGACCUUUAUAAAUUUUUCUAAUUUAUCGUUUAUCUUAUAUUGUUUGUAAACGUGUGGAACUUUUGAAAGGAUCGAAUUUACUCCCUAUUCCCACAGACUAAUACCAUUUUGAAGUUGGAAUAAUGGACAAUGUCAAAGACGAUAUCGAAAUGUUAUUCCUGGAGUAUUAUUCUAAGCUGGAUUUUCCACAGGCUUCUUAAUUGAAGUUGCAAAAAUAUUUCUGGCCGGAGUUCUAAAUGGAAAUUACUAGUUUUGUUUUUAGGACCAUUUUUGUCGGACCGGAACGCAUAUGAAAAUAAAUCACCAAAAUAGGAAUUGAAAAAAAAUUCAGGUACAGAAGUGACUUGCACUGGGAAAAAAAUUGAAAAUCCAUGGAAGGUCAUAGGACAUAGAAUGGAAAUUGUAUGGACCUUAAUUGGAAAUAGAAUGGAUUUUGGUUAUCCAUAAUAUAUUGUAUAUUUCCAUAUUAUGGAAAUAGUAUGGAAAUAUAGUAUGGAUAUACUAUGGAUUUAGUGGUGCAAUUGCAAAUUUCGUAGUAUGGAUUUCACUUUUUUUUCCAGUGUUACAGGUAGCUAAUUUCGGUAAAUGGGACCAUUUUUUAAAUAUAAACUUUAUUGACGUAUUUACCUCAAAAGCCAAUUAAGGCUAAUCAAGGAGGCUCACAUUAUUUACAAAAUGAGUUAAAACCAAUUCAACAUAAAUAUUCCUUUCCAUUCUUUGGGAUUUCCAAAUUUAAUGCAAUAGUGGAGUUUCUGAAGGAUAAUCCUUGCGCUGUUGAACUGAAUAUGUUAUAAAAUGCCCGAACUAUAGGAACAGUUGGAGCGAGAUUUUUUGCCUCGGCAUGAAGAAAUGUGUUGAAAGACAAGCGUCAUUCUAGAGUAUAAGCAAAAUUAUAUUAGGGACCGGUCAUUAUUUAUGGUGGGGGGGUGGCACCGAAGAGAAAUGUUUUUCGUGGCAAAAAUUUUGCUGACCCAACCAUUAAAAAAUAAAAAAAUUGAUUACCCAACCUCAAGUGUCAUUUAAAAAAUAAAUACCCACCCCUGGCCAAAAACGUUACAAUAGGAUGUCAUUCAGUUGUCACACAUGACACAAGUCCUUUACCACUUGUGUGAUACGUUUGAUAACGUUCGGCUUGUGAAUGUUUGAUAGUUUGAUAACGUUCGGCUUGUGAAAUUUACUGACUUUUCUGCAGUCUAAAGUUUCAUGUUGUCUGCACAUUUACUUUCUUUGGAGACACCAUUUGUCUCCCAACAAAUCGGAAAAUGAUGAAGAUAUAGAUUGAUUCACAUAUUGUAUUGACAUAUGACUGUUGACAUUGAAGUUUUCAGUCUUCAAUAUUUGAGUGAGUCAUGCUUUGGAAAUGACAAUAAAUUUUUAUUACCCAACCUUUGAGUUGUUUCGUUUUUCAUUUACCCAACCUUUUACUCACUCAAAAUUGUGUUUACCCACAGUUAAUAGGUUUGUUUACCCAACCCUUUUCUCUUCGGUGCCACCCCCCGCCAUAAAUAAUGACCCGUCCCUUACUCAGCCUUUGAUUUUGUCGAGAAAUGAGAAGACGGUGGACUUGUGGCAACUAUAGCUAUGUGCCAUUAACCGCGAGGUAGUUGACUCGGUAAGAAUUUUCGUGAAACAGGAAGACUUUUCAGUUCAAACGAAGCCGAAAACAGAUUUCGUUUCAAAGAGAACACCCCUUCUUGUUCUACAGUGGCAUUCUUGAGGUGGGAGGCUGCUGUGGGUGGCUAAGUACCUCAAUGACAGAAGUGCAGUCAAUUAUAUCCCAAAUAUUACAACAAACACUUUUUAUAUUAUGCACUUGAUAAUGUUGGAUUGUGUUGCUGUUUAUGAUAUUGAUUUUUUUGUUCAAACUCCUUUCGGAAUGCAGGAAAUAGCAUUUCUAAGCCUUAGAGAGCGUGCCUUUUAUUCGGGAGCGUGCCACCACAAUUCUAGAGAUUUCUGCCGACUGAAACCGAAAAAUCCGAAACCCUAGUUACGCCGGGCCUGCAGUGAUUUCGUAGCAAGAGUUUAUUUAUUUGUUUAGCUUCGUUAGGCGAGACCUUUUUUAUUUAUUGGUUUACGGAUUUGACAUUAAAAAUAAGAGGUCGGUAGGUCGCAAAAAAUUUAAAAAAAAAAAACUGAGUAUAAAUGAGAACCAAAAUUAAUAAUAACUUAUUACUUAUUUUUAUUUCUCAAGGAUUUAUACAAAAGGUUAAUUUAAUUUAAUUUGCAACGUUUCGGACAUUUUAAAUGUCCGUCUUCAGGCGACAAUUGUUGUUAAUUGUAAAAACAAUGACAAUUGUAGAUUAACAACAAUUGUCGCCUGAAGACGGACAUUUAAAAUGUCCGAAACGUUGCAAAUUAAAUUAAAUUAACCUUUUGUAUAAAUCCUUGAGAAAUAAAAAUAAGUAAUAAGUUAUAAACAACAAAGGUGAAAGUUUUAGAAACAAGAUUAAAAAUUAAUAAUCUUUAUAAAUUUUUUAACGUUAAUUUUAAAAAAACGCAAAAAACGUGGCUUAUCUCCAUAUUGAUUGUCACAACGAUAACAUGAGCCAGCAGUACCUAGAGUCAAAGUUUCUUGAAGUGUAGUUAGUGUACUUCAUGUCAGAACCCCAAAUUAAUUAAAAUUAACUAAAAUUGUAAAAUUUUUGACAUCCAAAUUUUUUUUUUUUAUUUUCCACUUUCUAAAUAUUCACGGUCGGCGGACCGUAAACCAAUGAAUAAAAAAAGUCUCCCCUUAAUAGUACAGACAACUCUAAGUCUCUAACUCGUAUAGAACACACGCACACUAGUAUCACAGAGAAAGGCAGAGUCGCAGAGACACCAUGCCAACCACAAGACAAAACACAAUAAUUUAGCAACUUGAAACUCAAGACAUCAGUCAAAACAAGACUAACUAUAUAGUUACAAUAUAUAUGUACAAGGUCUUUCAUAUACAAGCUGGUAUAUCGCUGUUUUGACUCAUAUCUUGAGUUUCAAGAUUGCUAAACAUCGAAUUGUGUUUUGUAUUUUUGACUUUUUAAAAUUUUUGACUGGUAUUGGUUUUUCUUUCUACUCCAGAACAGUUUAAGAAUUUUUGUUUUAGUUAACCCGCCUAACCUGCCCACAGGGAUCGGCUGGGGAUCGCGCAACAAAUUUCUUGUUGCCACCCAACCCAGGACGUUCAAUGCAAGGUUUCGCCGGCAUGAGGGCUAAAUUGACGUCAUAUCAUAUAGCAAUCAUCUCAACUGAUUGAAUACCGCCGGUAACGUACACCCAUCCAAGCCCGCUGUGUUACAGAAAACAUGAAACCAAAUGUAACAGAAUCGCAACAAAACAUUUCAAUCAUAUUUUGUAUUCGUCUGUGUUUUGGGUUUUCAAGAUGUUUCUGGUUUUCGGUUUUUGUUCCAUAUUCUAUUUCGUAAAAUUGGUUCUAUCUUUUAAUAUAUUCUCGAUCUGUGUUCAAACACAGGUGGAGACUUUGUACCAUGUCUAGUCUUUUACGUCAAACGUCUUUGUCCUUCAUACCGGAUGUUUUUCAGUCAUUAAUUAAGUGAUCAUAUGUAUACCUUAUUAUAUUUUGUUAGUUGAAGUUUACUCAAGUGUUAUCCAUAUAUGAUAUUAUUGUCGGCUAUGCACCCAAAGGCGAAGGCCCAAUCAGUCAAAUACUAGUCGGGUCGUAGUGCUUUUAAAUACCGCCCUUUUGUUUGUGAAAAAGAGCUCGCUAGUCCACCAAUUUGGCAAUUUCUGUAGGGUUGAUAGCUCAACAUGUAGAGCAGUACAGACUACAUUCCUCAAGAUUGAGAGUUUAUAAAUACGUAUAUAGUAUAUGUCAAGGACUCAAGGAUAAGAACCACCAAUCUCUUAGCCUCGCAUAGAUUAUAGGGUUGGUAAUUCAACAGAUAGAGACCAUUGGAUUCCUAGAUUCAUCAAUAUACCAAUCUCUGUACUGACUGCAGCCUUAGUGAUAUAGCUCAACAGGUAGAGCAGUGGACUAGAUUCCAAAGGUUGAGAGUUAAAUCUCGUGCUGUAGCUAGGACAGAAUACUAUACCGUUGAUUUCUGAAGGUAAAGAGUAUCAAGAAUAGGCCUAAGUGUUAAAAUUUCGUGUACUUAUAAGAUAAGAACUCGCCACUAAUCUCUGUAAAUUUGAUAGUUCAACAGAUGGAGCAGUGAACUAGAUUCCUGAAGGUUGAGAGUUUAUUUUUCGUGAGCUUAAAAAGGAGAAUAUUUACCACAAAAUCCAGUAAAAAAUGUACGUAAAAUCUAUUCACAUGUGUAGGUCGAACUGUAGCCUUGAUCGGCUCAGAGGUAGAGCAUUUAGGUAAUGUUCCGAAAGGCUAAAAGUUGACUGAUGAUUUUGUGUCCUUUUAAACCCACCAUCAAUUCUUGAACAGUCUAAUUCUGUCUAAACAAAGACUGCACUGAAAAAAAUAUAUCUCAAAUCACAUCUAUAUAGUAUUAUACAAGUCAGAGUAAUUUUUAACUUAGUUUACGAGUUUUCGUAGUGACGUUUUCUCCAUUGCAAGAAUUUGACUAAUCAGCUUAUCGAAUCAAUUAACAUUACAUAAUGGGCGGAAUAUUUUAUGUUUGGUAUGUAUAAAGAUUGUUCUCCAUUCAUUGACUGAUUGUCAUUGAUUAACAAUAGAGACCUUUAGAUUGACGUUUACGGCAAACGUCAAACCGCUAGCGAAGUUUUUGAUUUUACAACUCUAUUAUAAUAGCUUUUACACCAGUUUUGAAAUAUGUUAAACUUAUUAAACUUGUGCUCUUUAGCAAUGAUUUAAGAAAGCAAAUUAACCACUAGUCAUGCCAUUCACCAAAGCAGUAAAUUAAGAUUUGGGGUUUGAAGUUGACGUUGGGCGUAUAAAUUUUAUGCUUGAACUGCUACGAGGGCUUGUAGUCGUUAAAACAUGAAAUUUAUACGCCUAACGUCAACUUCAAACGCCAAAUCUUAAUUUACUGCUUUGGUGAAUGGCAUGACUAGUGGUUAAUUUGCUUUCUUAAAUCAUUGCUAAAGAGCACAAGUUUAAUAAGGUUAACAUAUUUCAAAACUGGUGUAAAAGCUAUAAUAAUAGAGUUGUAAAAUCAAAAACUAAUUCGCUAGCGGUUUGACGUUUCCCGCAAACGUCAAUCUAAAGGUCUCUAAUAUUUCGUAUGACGUCAAGGGCACACAUGCUCCCCGGAAGCUUUCUGCGGGACCUUUCGCCACCGGAGACAACUGUAGUCUACCGGUAGUGUACUUAUAUAUAAUUAGAAAUAAACAAAACAUAUAUAGGUUGAGGUAAAGUUUGACUUCGAUUUAUUUCGGACGUGUCUGCGAUCUGGACUAGAUAUGGACUUCCAUCCAUGCAUGGCAAAAUGUAAGGUUAUGAGAUUAUCAAAAUUAUUAGAUAAUUAGUGUUAAAGUUUUGUACUAGAUUGUAGAGAGUUGUAUUUUAUUUUAUUGUUGAAUUUAAAGAGAAACUCGGAUACACUUCCGAGGAUUAGGGAUGUUUUAAAAUUAAGUUACUUUAUAUACAGCAUAGCGUUACUCGUUAGUUAUAAACAGUUAAACUAAAUGGUUUGUGAGUUGGUUAAAAUAGUGAGUUUGUUAUUUGUUAUUUGUUAGCUAUAGUCCUGGGGCUAGACUUGCUCCAAGUCGACCUCCAGGGACACGCGCGAGAAAAGAACGAACGCGAGCGAGCGAGCGCGAGCGACGAAGUCGCGAGCGCGAGGGAGGUCGACUUGUCAAACUUGCAGGAUUUCCAUUUGCAUUUCGCGCCAAAACUGUCGAAUAAAUUUAGCUAUUGAUUGACACGAUGUGGAGCUAACUCAAAAGUCACGCUUUUCCCGGCUCCAGUUGGCGCUGACACGAACACAUCUCUACCAGAUAAAUAGGCUUCAAUUGUCUGCCGUUGAUAUUCUUUCAAUUUCGAGUACCCAGCUGACUGCCUAGCAUUUUCGAUCGCUUGUGAAAUUGACUUCUCCAUUUAAUAAUACUUUUUAAUUCUGUGUGUACUACGACAGUCGUAUCGAUUUAUAUGUAUUUCCUGUCUAUUUGAUUUCUGGAUGCUGGCCAGUUUAUUUAUGAGAUGAAAUUUAAUAUUUCACACUAUAGGCACUUUGAUUGACAUGUUGUUUUAUCACGUUACUCUGAUUGGUUCAAGAGUUAAUCAACAAUACGAACACAUAUUGUAUAUAGAUCAGUGUUACCGACCUGUUUUUGGGUCGGAAAAAUAUGGCGCGCUGCAAGUUUGAAAAGUCCCUCGCCUCCUCUCCCGCUGCGCCGCGCAUAUCAUAUUACUUUCAAAAAUUCAUUCGCAUAAAUAAGGACGUAUUAAAGGCGAGGGACUUUGCGAAAGUCUAUCCUGGGGCCAGUUAGUGUAUCAAGCCUGUUUAGCUUAAACGGUGGAUAAGUCAAACUGAUUAAAUAACUCUUAUAUCUCUCGUGAAUCAGUUAACUUAAAUAUUCUGCACUGAAUAUGUAUAUAGUUGUAAACAAUAUCGUUCUAUUAUUUAUUAAGGUUCAAAACUUUUAGUUUGGUUGUUGAACGAAUCUAUAGACUUCUAAUUCUUUUAAUAGUCGAGCUUAACCAUAUAUGCACCGUUUAAGCUAUAAGGGCUUGUUGUUAGUGCAUAGCUCGUUAUUGAUUUUUUAUUCGCUUAGGCCUAACAAUCAUAUUAAAAACAUAAAAUAUGUGAUUGAACUGAAAUGGACAACAGGAGUCCAGUCUAUCCAUUUUGCCCCAAGCGUAAGCCUAAGUCGGGUCGUAGGCAAUGAAAAUGUAAUAUGUAUGGCAAGCCUUAACAAACUCUGAGGUUCUUGACGGUGGACAAAGAGGAUAAAAAAUGUGCACACUCUGGUCAGUAUUAACUAUAGAUUUGGUGUGAUACAAUAUUUCCUUUGCGCCGGUCUAGUCGCGAUUGAUGAGAAAUUUGAAAAGUAGCGAAUAGCGGUUUGCUUUAAAAGUAUUAAAGUAUUAAUCAACUACUUCGCAACUUUAAAGUUCGAGAUUAGUUGCUGAAGUAAUAUUCAUAUGUUUGACAGUUAGUAAACAGUUAUAGUAAAUUAGUAAAUGGGUAGUUUAUAGUUAUUGUAUGAGUUAGUUAGUUGGUUAGUUGACUCGUUUUUUAUACAUACAGUGGAUAAAAUUAAAAACUUCUGCUUAAGGAUUGCUUCUAUAAAGUUAGCAUACCUCAAAACUAAACUUCUACCCAACAUAUUUUCUUACAUAGACGUGACACAAAUGCUCUCACAAAUGAAGACAUUGCUGAUCGACGUUCUGGUGGAGAAAUCCCUUCCGGAUGCAUCAAGAAUCAAACUGAAAGACUGCAUCUCUAUGGUCGAAACCUUUUCAAACUUUUUGAACAAUAAUUUAAAGAAACAGGAACAAAAUUCCGAUAAUCUCCUCAAACCCUUACAUUCCGGUCUCUCGAGGUCGACGGAAUGUUUGCAUGCAAAGAAAGGUCACAUGUCUAAGUCGAGAUCAACAUCUGAUCUUGCAAAUCUUGAUUUGGUGAGUGAAUUUACGUGUGACAAAGUUUACUGUUAUAUUGUCUGUUAUAUUGGUCCUAGAUAUUGUGUUGUGCAUUUAUGAUAUAUACACUGUGGUUAAUUCAGUUCGUUUUUGUUAUAUGACGGUCAUGAAAGGGAAAACACAAAAGAAUAGUUAAAUAUUGUUGAGAAACACAAAAUAAUAGUUAAAUAUUGUCAAUUUUAAUACUAUAAAUCUGAUGCCAUUUAACCUCUGCAAAGAUUUUUUCUCAAGACUAUUUGCACUUUGCUGUUCGCUUUUACGAUCUGACGUAAUGGCUGCGCGAAUUUUUUUCCAGGCAUUUUUCUUUGCACGAAUUUUUUGUUGUUGGAAUUUUCACCCCUCUCGGGAUUUCUAAUGGUCCGCCCCUAAUGAGUUAUGACAGGUAUUUUGACCUCGACGAAUUUUGCUCACACAGUAAUAGUGAUAAAUAAUAUAAAACAUUAAUUGAUAAAUAAUAUAAAACUGCUAAUUUUUAAAAUUAUCAUUUUAGUAUGAUAAUGGUGAAGGUGAUGACAUUGAUUUAAACAAAUUAAAGGAAAAUUAUCUCCAAGCUGUUAAUGAAUUUAACAAUAACUCGGGAAUAAAUGGUGAAGUAAACACGCCGGAAAUAAAUAACUCUAAACCGGAAGUAAACUAUGAUAAACCGGAAACGAGUCAGUCUAAACCAUACGUAAAUUCAGCGAAAACUGACCCAAAUAACGCGAAUAACAAUACUAAACCAGAAAUGAAUGGUACUAAACCGGAAGCAAACGAAGUUAAAUCGGAAAUGAAUGAGGAUAAGCCGGAAGUUGUGAGAAGAGAGGGAAACGUUAAUCCGAAACCUCGCCGGAAACGUGAUAGCUCAACCUUAUUCGACAUCUCAUUGGAUGAUAUAACAGAGCCCGAUCAUUCAGGAUUCCUGAUCGAAAAGCAUUCUGGGAAAGAAUGGUGGUGUGUUUUGCAAGAUCAGCAUUUAUGUAUGUUUCCUUCCCAGAAUCCUCAGGAGCUGGCUUAUGACGUAUUACUCGUGCCGUGCUGUGAAAUCUCAUUGGACGAUGUCUACACGGAGUCUCCGGUUUUUCGCCUCACCCAAGUGGGUUCGACACCCUGGGUAUUUUCGGCCGGGAUAGAGAGAAAUCUCCGGGCGUGGAUACGAGCUCUGUAUCGCGCAUGUGGGAGGGACGACGCCGACUGGAGCAUGCGCAGUUCGAAGAAAGGCCGCGGCAGAAAAAAUAAAAACCAGAAACGAAACAUGAAGGUUUUAACAUCGACCAUUGAUGAAUCCGAGGAAGCGGAGGAACCCGAAGAAGAAGUUGAGCAGAUGAAUGGAACAAUAGUGGAAGAAAAGAAAGCAUUAGAGGAUGGAAUAGAAGGCAAAGAAACGGGCGCUGAAGAAGAUGUCGAACAUGAAAAUGGAAUUAAAAUGUUAGAAGGAAAUGGAAAAGAACAAAUAGAAGCAGACGAAACCGAACAAGAAGUUGGACUUGAGAAUGGAUUGAAUAUUGAAGAUGGGAAUGGAGGAAAAGAUGGAAUAAAUAGAAGUGAAAACGAGAAAAUAAAGAUGGUCGAAAGCAAAGAGCAAGUGAAAAGUGGAAACGGUCAUCAACCCGGGAAGAAUUUAGUAGAAAAAGGUUUUACAGUAAACGAGGAAAAGUCUGAAAAUCGGGAAGAAGAACCAAAAACGCUAGAUUAUCAAAAAGUGAACCAACAAGCAAAUGAGAUCGGGAAUCUGAACGAAGCGAAGAAGGAUGAACAACAAGACGAAGUCAGCAAAGCAAUUGAUGAAAAUGAAAGUCAAGAACACACAGGGGAAAGUGACAGAGAUGAUAAACAAGACAUUUAUACUGAGGUAAAGCCGGUUUCGAGCGUAGCAACUUUGCCACAAGUUGCUUGUCUUUCUAAAUUUAGCUCGUCCAUCAUACAUAGUGAGCUAGUGUUAUUCCUAGCUAUCUUGACUUAAUCCAAAUCACCUUUUUAACCCAAUAUGAACCCUACACUUAAACGUAACUCCAGAUUAAAUUCUUCGAUAAAGAUGUAUAAAUUCUAACCAUGCAUGUUAAAAAUAUAAACGCCUAUAAGCCUGACCCUGGCUGAUUUGCUAAGAUCUGCUAAGAAAUAUAAGAUAAUCACUAAAUGAUAAAAGAAGAAAUGUGGAAUGAUUUUCGUGUAAUUAUAUAAGUCACUAGGCUUAAACGACAAUUCGCACACCGGUUAAAGGAGCUGAAAUGUUGAUCUCGUUGUUAAAGAAGAUUGUAAUUUCUGCUUGAACAACCUUUCGUUUGCAAUUAAACUGCAAUCUACCACUAAAAAAAUAAUGCAGUUUUACUGAACAUGAACCGUGACAAGUUUCAAUACCGGCAAAGUGGGAUAAUGUAAACAGCCCCUAAGUUAACUAAAAUUUGUUAACUGUGGUUAAUGCAUUUCGCCUUUGCGGCUCAAUUUCUGUGAUGUUUUGUCUAUUAUAAUUUCACUUUAGUCGCAUGUGAGAAGGGUACUUCAUUUUCACUCUGGCGGUCGUCCUCUGUAUUCUCCCGCAGUGUCUCUAUAGCAAUAAGGAUUACCCUUUAUAUUGGCCCUUACUCCUUAGCGAGAACGGCAUUUUGUUCUUUCGAUUCCUACCGAAGGGCAUAUCAUGACUACCGAAGGGUAUAUCAUAUCCAAACAUGUUUGGAUUUUUCGAAAAUCGCAGCUGUUCCUGGUCAAAUGUAAGUACUUUUCGCACGAAAUUUCCCUUUGCAGUUCCAUCGAGAGAGAUGCCAAAAUUUUUUAAUAUUUACCUUUAUUCAUAAAACUGGCAUCACUUUGGUCUGAAAUGCUUGUCAACUGGAGUCUCGGUAUAUCAGUGGUCAGAGCUAGCGCUGCACCGGAAUCAUAAGCCAUAAGGCUACAUUUCUUGCAUUUCAUGGCCGUAAUGUAACAAGGAAAGGCUAUUUCUUGUAUCCUCAUGACAGUAGUUUUAUUUCUGAUUUAUUUAUCAUAAAUCAAAACUACUGUCGGACUACAAGAAAUAGCCUUUCCUAUAGUUAUAUUACGGCCGUGGAAUGCAAGAAAUGUAUAGGCUUAUGAUUCCGGUGCAGCGCUCUGACAUGCAGAAACAGGUGACGCAAUCACUGUAAUUUUAUAGUCUCACAAUUGUGCUCAAUCUUAAGAAUUACAAAUAUUCGUAGUUCAACAUGAUCAAGUCCAUAAUAAAAAAGCGAAGCGAAAACAAAACUGGUAUUAAAUUAAAGUAAAAAUUAAACUGCAGAAAAUUUGAGAAACAAAAUAAUAAUAUUUCAGGCAUCUGGAAGUCGAGCCCUUCAUCAGAAAUUGAAUGUUUUAAGUUUUUCCUGGAAAAUUCGAUCGCACUGAGUCAGCUGAUUCGGCUAAAAUUAUAAAAUCUCUUCAGCAGUCAGUUUUAUAUAAUACCUUAUUGAAUUAUGAUCGUUUAAUUGGCUGUUUAUGGUGAUGUGAUAUUGAAUAGAAAAUUCCAUUUCCCAAGUCCAAGAGUGCAAUGGAAUACGUUCCAUUGCACUCUUUGCGAGUGCAAUUGUACUAUACGUUUUAUUCCAUUGCACCCUUUGUGUUUUCGAUAAAUCGCAUCCGUCAAAAUGCUUCUCGUUCGGUGAUCGCAGUUUAUUUUAACCCGAUAUUCGAAACUCAAUAAAUGGGAUUUAAUGCAAAUACUCGUCAAAGUGGCGGGAGCUUAUAGUAAACCAUUUGAUAUUAGUCUAUUUUGGUAUUCUAUAUUCGGUGAAAGAUGGAAUGUUCCAUUCAACUCGGCUGUCGCCUCGUUGAAUGGAACAUUCCAUCUUUCACCUCAUGAAAAUAUUCUUACCAUUGCACGAAUAAACAUUCAUUAUUUGUAUACUAUCGAGCGAGAGAUGCCCAUGACCUUGACAAUUUACUCUUAUGCUAAUUACCAUGUUUCUGUUUCAUUCUUAGAAUGGAAACAACACGUGUUCGCCACCAAUCAGUUUCGACGAUGACCACAGUGAUUACGUCAUUUCCCUGCAAAGCGUCGAACAAAAUUCCCACUCGCACACCGAAUGCCUUGAAAACGAAAAAAGACUGGGCAUGGAACGCAGGGCGACAAAAAAGCGAAUAAAAAUGCUUCGAUGGUUGAAAAAAGCGAUUGUUGACAAAGGCGAGGACGAUGUUACGGUGAUUGGCGAUAUCUACAGAAUCGAAGGGCCUGACAAUCUCGUGAAACUGUGGUGUUUACUUCGUGAUCGUCAGCUGUACUGCUACCGCCGUGUAACCGACACGACUCACGACUCCGUAAUACCGUUGGACAAUUGUACCGCGGUCUCAAGUGCAGUGAUCUCCGGCCAAAAGUAUGCCUUUGAUAUUAAAAGGGAAGGAGUUAAACUGGUUACGUUUGCUGCGCGGAGUUCCAAAGAGCGAGCCAGGUGGAUAGAAAUUGUGAAAACCAAGCGAGGGAAAAUCCCAAUGACGGAAAUUGAGGACGAAAGUGGAGAAGAGGCUGCGGGGUCUGGGACGAGUGAAGAAGACGAUGAUGAUAGUUAUGAAUAUAUAGAAGGUAAUAAUUGUUGUGUUCACGGUUUUCGCGUUUUGAGAAGUUUUUAAUCACUUCCAGUUCCUUCCAAUAUGUCUGUGCACCUUUAUUUCUGGUCAUUUUAUUUUUUCUUCAAGUCUUUACUUUUCCUUUCCAAAUGAAUGACUCCAGCUAUAGGCUAAAUUUUGAUCUAGGCAAGAAGAACAAAAUCCAUCACCACAGCUAGAAAGAGCAUGUUAAAAUUAGUAAAAUUACAAAGUUUGGUUGCGAAAUGUUGUAAAAUGCGGAAAAUACAGUCCUGCGAAAUUUGCAAAUUUUGUAUUAAUUUGUAUUACGCGCGGGAAAAUGCACCACAUUGAGCCGAAAGUGGUGCAUUUUCCCGCGAGUAAUACAAAUAAAUACAAAAUUUGCAAAUUUUGCAGGGCUAUAUUUUCCGCAUUUUACAACAUUUCGCAACCAAACUUUGCAAUUUUACUAAUUUUGUGGUGAUGGAUUUCAUUCUUCUUGCCUAGAUCAAAGUUUAGUCUAUACAGUUGGAAUCAUCCAUUGCGUGGCUAUAAACUUAAAAUCGUCUGUCGUUAGACCGAGUAAAAUACUUACGAAAUCAUCGUACCACGCUGCCCCUCCCCUCACUCAGUGAAGGUCGCUUCUGUCUAAAUAUAAGCAAAAAAGUAAGAAUAACCAAGGCCAAACGAGUGUUUUAAUAUUCCCACGACCAUUUCUUGACCAGCGGAUGAAACAUAUCAAAACGUUGUGUCUAAAUAUACAGGAAUUCAAGUUGGUCCUAUAUAGAGGCUCAAAUUAAAAUUACACAAAGUUCCUGGUGGUGUAUCCCCAGACCCCACUACAAAUCCAAACUUUCCAGGUCUAUCUUUUAAAACUUGUGUGUUACAUUCUUAGUGAACAACAACGAAGCCAGAAAAAAAUUCAAGACAGACGGAGAGUACGUUUUACCUAUGUCAGAAGAUGGGAUUGAGGACGGCGGUUAUAUUUCUGUCCUGGCUUUAGAAUGCGAAAUUGACCGCCGCAAAACGUGCAGAAAGAAUAAAAAAUACAACCCGAACAUUACAAACAAAUCUGGUAUCGAGUAUUUAAUCGAGAAAGACAUUCCGUCAUUUCUGUCAACAAUACCCAAAACGUUUUCCCGGGGCAAGCAUCGUUCGCCCGCACCUCUGCCGAAAGAUGCCACCCGCUUCAGUCAGGUUGAAGUCUCAAACGCCGUGCCAGCAAUACAUGUGGACAACGGCACGGAGAGAGGGUCUGGGGAUGAGACGGAUAAAGUACUUGAAAGUCCUAAAGACUUAAAUAAUAACGCAGAAGACGAGAGUAUGGAAACGGAGAAUUUUUCAGGACAGUUUGCAGAUUGUAAGUAUAUAAUCACUGUUUGGUUGUUUUCUAGUAAAAGUUUAAAAGCGUCUGCGGCGCAGGCUAGCUACUUACCUGCUAACGAGGGCCUUUUCCUGAAAUGCAGAACUGUUAGGUUAGUUUUCUCUUCGGCUUAUGCUUUGACAAUUUUUCUCUGGUUUUCCUCCCUCACACAAAACUAAUCCCUAGGCAAUAGCAUUGAUCGUAAAAUGAUUAACUCUGGUAAAAUAAAUAACCCUCUGUAACCUUUACACAAUAACUAUAAAACUAAACUAAAUCUACUAAAUUUCUAAAUAAACCAUUUUCCCUUUCAAGAAAAUACUAAUCCUUGCAUGAUUCCAUUGCCGUUUUAGAUGAAGACGUAUCAAGCCAGGAACAGGAAAUCUUACAUUGUCAGUUAACCGCGUCAUCAUGGUUAUCAGAUAGCCCGCCAUGCCAAGCCAGGUUUGGUCCGCAGCGGGAUUGCCGUAAAGGCGCGACCGGAGCGUGGAGGCCUGAGACAAACGAUAAAAUCCAAUGCCUUGAAAUAGACUUAGGUAUGGUAAAUUUUAAGUGUUUAUUGUUCGUUGGGCCUUGGGGAGAGCUCUGCAUGUCACUACAAAGUACUAAACCGUACUGCUUUGAACUAAAUUAACCUUAUUUAUAAUUGGAUAGCUGGUAAUCUCUUCUAAACGUUCUCCGUACAGAUUUGGUAAGGUGAUGAAUGUCUUUUUAGUCUAGGUUAUUUCAGGAGAAACCUAAACUAAUUUAUUUAUAUAUUUGCUAGUUCUAAACUGUUUCCCUGGAAAUCCAGUUAUUCCAUUUCUUAAUGGUCCAUGCAGUGUUAUUUAAGGGUGAAGUUUAGGAGGAACCUCAACAUAACUACUUUAUCAUAUACUGGAUAGCUCUCUCAGUUCUAAACAGCUCUUCUUGUAAAGGUAGAGCUGUCUCUUCUUAGUCUUCUUCUUCUAAAUUUACGUUGUGUUUCCACAAACAAAAAGUAUUAUAUCUCUUCUUAGUCCAGUAUUAUUACUGAAUGAAGCUGAAAUAAAACAAAUCUACUUUUAAUUUGGUAAAACUAGAGGACUUUAUCAGCUCUAAAAUGUUCUUGGUAAAGGUUCUGUAAUACUCAUGUCUUAUUGUUCCAGGAAGAAACUAAACGAAUCAAACUUCAUUUGUAUAUAAUGAAUUACUCAAAUACUCCCUAUUAACUCUGCAACCAUCGUGUUUCCCACUGAUUUACUCAUCGAUUUCUAUUAUUAGGAGACGUUAUGACAGUUGGUGCAAUUGCUAUUAAAGGUAGACCAAAUUUCGACGAAAAGGGAGGAGAAUUCGUGAAAUCAUUUACAAUUCACUAUAGCAUUGAUAAGGAGACGUGGACACCUUAUAAAAGUUAUGGGAAAAUCAAAGUAUGUUAGGAUCGAGGAAUAUUUUGUACUCUGGUAGAUUAUACAUAUCGGACGAUCCUCCCCUAUACAACACGGAUACGACAUCCGAUACAACACGGCCACUCAUGUUGUAGGCCUAAAUAGUAUUUAGUACUCAAGUAGAUAAGUCCACACCAGACAAGCAAAAAUUACAUGAUCAUUGUGAGAUUUAUUCUUGGGUAGAUCACAUGUGUGAAUGAUCGAUCCAUAUCAGGCUAGACUUGCUCCAAGUCGACCUCAACAGUCUCUAUUACCUCCCCAAAGUUUGGUUGAAUGACUUCCGAAAAUUACUUUUGUAAAGAACAUACUUCCUCUAAAACUCCUUCGUUUCGAGUGAAGACAAAGAACCUAUAGCCAAAACAGGAAAACGACUCGACCAUGGUAGAAUUUGUACUGAACGUAGCUAGAUUUUAUGUAUCUUGGUUAAUCGAAUACUUAUAUCCACACCAGACAGGUAGAAAACUACCUCAUCAUGGACGCGGAUUGUAUAUACUCAUAUUUAUAAGUUUUAGAAAAAUUGGAUGAUGUUCACGAACUAAUGAUAUUUUCUAUCAAUUUUUUACAGAUAUUCCAAGGUAGCUCCAAUGCAUCCCAGGAAUGCAAGAAAUAUCUCAAAACCAAAACUACGGCUCAGUAUUUUCGAAUCUAUCCACAGUCUUGGCAAAAUCAUAUUGCUCUACGAGUCGCUUUAUAUCAGGAGGAUGUCAAGUCAAAAGGAAUGAAGAAAAAAGGUGAUCAAUUAUCAAAGCCUACGUCACCAAUUGGGAACCGUCCUGUGUCUCCUAAUACGGGGAGGAAAAUGCAUCUGAAAAAAGAAGAUAUUUCUGAUCCCAUGUAUCCAUCGAGUGAUUGUCUGACAACUGAGGUUGCUAAUCUCGCUGACAUUAAAGGUUAGAGUUUGAAGCUUUAAAGAAUAAACAACGACUAUACAGUAUACCCUGUAAUCGCAAAAUUCAAAACUCUCUCAGGUUUUUGAUGCGUGUAACCCCCCGUAUUAUCUUUUCUAUCCUACUCCGAGCAGCUAUUUCACACGAACUUUUAUUCCAUUCAAUUCCAUUUUAUUCUAUUCUUUUCUAAUAGAAUAAUUCUGUACUAUUCUACUCCAUUCUGUUCUAUUCCAUUCUGUUCGAUUAAAUUCUAUUCCAUUCUACUCUAUUCUAUUUCAUUGCAUUCCAUUAUCAUAUAUCUUCUAUUUCAUUGCAUUCCAUUAUCAUCUAUCUUGUUCCAUUAUGUUAUUUUAUUCCAUCUAUUCCAUUCUUAAUUCCAUUCUAUUCCAUUCCAGUCUGUUCCAUUCCAUUCUAGUCUAUUCUGUAUGAUACCCCAUGUUAUAUCCAUUUUAGUCUAGCCUCUACCAUUUUAAGACAGCUACGGAUCGAGAGAGAUUUUUAUUGAUUUAUUAACUUAUUAUAUUCAGGGACUCCGGAACGGGGGGGGCAGGAGGGGCAGCCGCCCCCGUUGCCCUUUACCAGGAGGGGCAAGGGGGCAAAGGUGCCCUUUCGAUUUAAAGGAUUGCCUUGGCGAAAUAGCGAAUUGUCAGAAAUGUUAGUGCAAUUCUUUUACGAAUUUGCUUCAGAAAACGCAAGAAAUGCAGUCAUCGAGCUUCAAGAAUAGCGCAAUCGCCUGGCAGAGAACCCCUAUCCAAUAAAUAGAAAACAUGAUUAGGCGAAGUUCAACUCCCGAUGUUUUGCAAACAUCUCUUAGUAUAUAUCAAUUCAAAAGUGCCCUUUCACGAAAAUCUGCCCACCUUGCCUUCACAUGGUUUCGGCGUCCAUGUUUAUAUUAGCCGUCAACACAAUGUCACAAAUAUAAACAUACAUGCAAACAGGAAGACGGUUCAGGAACACUAGCAUAGCGUGAACCAAUUACGUCAGUGACCUGUUUAUACAAAACAAAUGUAUACAAAACUUCAUAAUAAUGUCUAUAUAAUAGGCCUAUAAAUAUCAAACAAGAUUACAGUUUUAUCCUUUUUAUCCCGGAUCGAAGUAGAGAGAGCACAAAAACUAUCUGAAAAAUACAAGCAGAAAUUGACGUUCCAAGCGAAGAAAUGAAGGGCCUUUGCUCAAAAUGUCAAAGUUCUGCUUGUAUUUUCCUGGGAGUUGUAUCUCUAGAGCUCGAAUCCGCAGUUGUCCUGUUGCGUUGUUCACCCUGGCACUGGCCUUCUUUUAUGCUCAUCAAAUCAAUGGAAAGUUGUGGUGCGUGAUGGAUUAACGUCCACUCAAAAGCAAUUCCAUUUAUGCGAUUUUGUCUAUUUUCUCAUAUAGAAAACGGCAUCAAGUACCCAAAUGCUAUUGACUGCUCUGACAACCCGGCAUCUAUGGACAGCCGUAUAAAACUGAAAGAAAAACUCCUUUCCAAGGAAAAACGCGAACAGAUAACGAAAUUGGAAGUCUUGACAAAGCAUGUGGAGCAAGCCAAAGACCGAAUGAUCGUUGGUAACAGUUCAGGACAACUCAAACGCGAAGCUAUCGAGUCAGAACAUGACUAUCUCGUCGCUAACUUAGAACUAGUCAAAGCCAAGAAGCGACUUAUUGAUAUUGAAACUGAAAUGAGAGAGUUACGGCUAUUUGAGGAAAAGUAUGGCGUGGAACAGCCAGAAGUCCAACAAGUGGAAAAAUCUAAGGAAACAGCAGCAAAGCCCCCGGAAAUAGCAGCAAGGCGCCCGGAAACAGCAGGAAGGCGCUCAGAAACAGCACCAAGGCCCACCGAAACAGCAGCAAGGCGCCCGGAAAUAGCAGCAAAGCCCACUGAAACAGCAAGACCCACAGAAAUAACAAGGCCCACGAAACCGCCUCUGAGGAGGAGACCAAGUAAAGAAGUGAUGGUGUGUAGUGAUGCUGUUUCACCCGUAGUUGAUCGCGAGGCGUUUAAUUCCCCUGGGGAUCUUCCCCCAUCGCGAAAAGUCUUGAAUAAUGUUAAGGUGAGUGAGGUGAUUGGAUUUCAGAAUGACUACCUCAGCAUACUAGUAAUCGAUCAAGAUAUGGUCUGGCUUGUUCUAGCUUUUUGUCCAUGUUUAAGCAAACUUAUGCACAGUGAUGUAUUUUUCGCAUAAGAAAGCAACCAUCCAAUGGCAUAAUCUCGUCGAUUCAUUGAACCAUGCUGUUGAAUUAAAUAAAAAUUCUGAAUUUUGAAAGCUUUGUGCAUACCUCAUUAUAAACGCUUUGAAGUUUGUCGAGUUCCAAGACUAUAUCUUGAUUGUCUAUCAGCUGAGAAGUAACAUAGUUGUGCUAGAGACAAUUGUGUCCCUACACUGGGAUUUUGGCGACACAGUGAUUAGCGCAUGUCAGCAUGUGUAUUUCUCCUAUGAGACUAGAAUUCCAUUCCUGCAAUACACAUUGGUAUUGCUAUUAAUUCGCCUCAGUCGUAUGUGAGAAGAGUACUCCAGGUUUCUUCUGUAAGACUGAGAUUUGUCGUUGGCUAGGGUGUGGGUGGAGUGUGAGAGGGGAGUUACCUGAAUUGGUAGAGCAGAGCUAUCCAGUAUAAAUAAAAGACGUUUAGUGGGGAUCAAUAAGAGAUGUGGCUCCUAUGGUCCUCUCUCCUCCACAGAGGCUUCAGUUGGCUAUGAUUACGAUCAGUAUUGAGAUACAUUUCACUAAAAUUUACAUGGUGGAAAGUCUCUGCGGAGGCGAGAGAGCCUAUGGUGUCUCUUGCUGAACCUCGAGGGAGAACAGUGUAAAAGUGGCAGAUUUAUCCAGUGCUGAUAGUUUUCAUUUUUUCUUCAGCUUAAACUUUUGUACAUUAAUUGCCACUCAUUUAAUCAUUCAAUUCUUUUUUUUCACAGAUGUUCGAAAAUUUUCAGAAAUAA